AUGCCUUCAACGCUUGUCUGGGUACUCAUUGCAGUAUUCGUCUGGCUAUUCGUCCCAAAUCCGUUCGGAUCCAAAGAAACUAGCACCACGAGCACGAGCGAGAGCGAGAUGCCGUCCAACUGCGCCCGAUGCAACAAAGCCGAGGCUGAUACCGAGAAAGGCACACUUCAGCGGUGCGCUAAGUGCAAGACAACACCAUACUGCAGCCGCGACUGCCAGAAAGAUGACUGGAAGAACCACAAGAAGAUCUGCGCCCAGCAAGCACAAGCCAAUGCCAAUGCCUACGAUGGUUUCCCACCCAAAACCGAACACAGUUCCAAUUACGCCGCGCCUCGCAUGAAGACCCUCGAAAAGCACGUACCGAACCCCUUCACGCGACUCGACGACGGAAAGUACCUCCACGACCGACCCGAGAAGGAUGUCUACAGACUCCUCAUCGACUCCUUCCGCAUGCGAUCCGAAGACGAUAACAAGCUGGAGAAUAAACCCACACCGAACAGCAUCUAUACGGGCAAGUCUUCAAGCAUCGAGCCAUUCCGGAAGUUCCUUGACUUGGCUGAGACUCGGCGGGGUCUGCUACCUCCGUGGUGGAACGCCGAACACCGGCAGGAGUGCGAGAAGUUCGCUGAGAGCGGCCAAUGGAACGAUGUGCGGAAGAAGGUCACAAAGGCUGAGAUGAUCAGCCACUACGGCGAUGAUAAGGCGCCUAUGCAGCUAAGGAUGGUAGCGGAGUUUGUAUACGGGUCGGGUUCCAAGGGGGAAAGUGGCACUGCGAUGCGCAAGGUGCUGCGUGGCAUGGAGGGGGGUGGUCUUGGGCUUGGCAACUUCCUGCCCAUGAGCUUGACCAAGGUUAUGGGUGGUGGCAGCUGA